AUGUCAAAAGUGUCAUUUAGGGCUAAGGAUUGUGGGAAGACAUGUUCAUCAGAUGUUGUUCAAGUGAUGUACGAGGAAAGACUGAAGGAGGAAAUACAACUAAAAUUGGAAUCCACAAGGAAAUGUUUUGCAUGUCAGGUGUGUGGCAAGGAAUUGUCUAAAGAGAGUCACAUCAGGAUUCACAUGAGAGUCCACACAAAGGAGAAGCCAUACAACUUUGAUAUUUGCAAUAAGACAUUCUCUGAGAGAGGUAACCUAGUAGCGCACAUUAGAGGACACACCAAGGAGAAACCAUACUGCUGUGAGAUUUGCAACAAGUUCUUCUCAUAUAAAUCUAGUCUAGAGACUCAUGGGAGAAGGCAUAGAAAGGAGAAGACAUACAGCUGUGAAAUUUGCAAAAGGCCUUCUAUUUGA